AGGGUGUGGGAUCGAACUGAAGUGCUACUUGUACUUUUUAUGAGUACACGUCACGACGAGAUUUAAGUCUGCGAUUAUUCUGCUGUAAAGAGAGCAGUAAAAAAAACGCAAACAUGGCCUCUUCGCAAACCACCACCUCCGCAUCACCGCGGGAUCAAACACAGCGCAAAAAAGUACUUCGCGUGAUAUUCAUAUCUUUACUUCUUGACCUGAUAUCAUUCACAUUCAUCCUCCCCCUCUUCCCGUCCCUCCUCAACUUCUACCUCAAACAAGAUCCCUCCCCCGACUCCCUCCUAAACCGGAUAUUCCACUACCUAAACGCAUACAAAAACUCAUUCUCCAAACCCAUCGAUUCGCGAUACGACAUUGUGCUUCUUGGCGGCGCAUUGGGGUCAUUAUUCUCCUUUCUGCAGGCCAUCGCCGCACCCGUUAUAGGGUAUCUAUCAGAUCGACAUGGACGUCGAACGGCACUACUCUGGUCUAUGCUUGGAAAUUUGAUUAGUGUCGCGCUAUGGGUUGUCGCAACUGAUUUCAAGACGUUUUUAGCGAGUCGUGUGGUUGGAGGGUUGAGUGAAGGAAAUGUUCAAAUGGCCAAUGCAAUUGCGACUGAUAUCAGUGACGAGACGCAAAGAGGGUCUACGAUGGCGAUGGUAGGCGCUUGUUUUAGUAUUGCCUUUACGUUUGGGCCUGCACUAGGUGCGGCGUUGGCGAGAUCGAGUAUUAUUAAAGCGAAUCCGUUUGCGACGGCGGCGGGGGUGUCGCUGGGGUUGAUUCUGGUGGAGACGGGGUAUUUGUAUGCUUGUUUGCCGGAGACGCAUCCGAAAUUUGUCGCCCAGAAGGGUGAUGAGAAGAAUGGCUCUGCUACUGACAGUGGCAUAAAGGCCGAGAAAACCGAUCAAAAAGGGAAAAGAUCAUAUACCAACAACCCAGCUCUCCUCAACCUCGUCCAUCUCCUAUUUCUUCUCCCCUUCUCCGGAAUGGAAUUCUCCCUCCCAUUCCUGACCACCACCCUCUUAACAGAGAGUAACAGCACCAUCAAUCCCUCCGCCGUCAACGGACGCAUUUUGGGACUUGUGGGCCUAAUCGCCUCCCUCCUCCAGGGAUCCCUGGUCCGCCGUCUCCCACCUUUAUUAACCGUGCGCAUCGGCACAAUCUCCUGCGCAAUCGCAUUCUUCUCACUUGCCAGCAUCUCCUCAAUCCGUGGCCUGCAUCUUUCAGCUUGCUUUUUGGCAAUCACAAGCGCAACUGUGGUUACCGGACUGAAUAGUUUGGGAAGUUUAGAAGCUGGUCCUGGAGAGAGAGGGAUUGUCUUGGGACGAUUGAGGAGUUGGGGUCAGUUUGGGAGGGCUUUGGGUCCCGUGUUAUUUUGUUCUUUCUUUUGGUGGGUGGGGAGAGAGGUUGCGUAUACCGUUGGGGGUGUUGUGAUGGUUGGUGUUUGCGGGAUUGUGGUGUUGGUUUUGAGGGAGCCUGUUACGACUUAUCGUACCUAG